GAGCAUCUCGGUCUCUGAGCUGGAGCUUUGCAGAAAAAUUGAGCGUGUUGCCCGUGAAGAUAAGCAGCCGCUGCUACCCAAUUUAAAGGUUUUUUUAUCCAGUCUCCACUGAUUAGUGUCUGCAAGUAUGUCUUCUCUGAGGUUUGAGACCCUUGAAGAUGAGGUGCGAUCUGUGCUGGAGUCGCGGGUGCCUCCUACACCACAGCAGGCUGCCACAGUUGCCAGUCUUCUGGCAGAUAUGGAGACUGAGUUACAGAUGGCGCCGCCCAGCUACCGUCUGCAGAUGGUGGAGCGGGUGCGGGAGUACCGCCGACGUCUGCGCACCGCCGCCGCCGCCUCCCCCGCCGGUGACGAGACGCGGCGGACCGUGGAGCGGGGUCUGCAGACGCUGCAGCGCACCUCCGACAGCAUCGCUCGGUCUCAGCAGGUGUCUGCGGAGACGGACGCGGUCGGCGCCGAGGUGAUCUCGGAGCUGGGCACGCAGCGCGAGUCGCUGCAGCGCACCCGCGACCGGCUGGAGGACACGGACGCCGAGCUGAGCCGCUCGCAGCGGCUGCUGCGCACCAUGUACGUGCGCGUGCUCACCAACCGGGUGCUGCUGGCGGCCAUCAUCGCCGUCGAGCUCGCCCUGCUCGGUGCCGCCGUCUACCUCAAGUUCUUCAAAAAGUGAGCCGCCGCUGGAGCUGUGAGGUACGGCAUGGGGCAGCAGAGGAUGGGCACUGAUCCGCUCAACACAUUAUUUCUGAUAGUCGGAAAGCUCAUUACACUUUGAAACUCAUCAGUGGUUAGGAAAAACCGAAGUCAUCUGAGCAAUUAUAAAGUAUUUUAGAUAAUUGGAAGUUUCAAACUGUGUACUUGUACUGCGAAUGAGCCCUUGGCCCGUGCGUUUCCUACGAGGGGCUGGAAAAAUCGGUCAUGAUUGCAUGUAAACCUUGUCUUAGUAUAUCCAGAGUCUUAUGCUGGUCAUUUGUAACUAUUUAGUACAUUUAUUAAGUGGUGUUUACAAAUAUUCAGCCUCGAUGUGGGCCCUUUUACAUAACUGCUAGUGCUACCUACAUAUAUUAUGAAAGGACGCAGCUGUUUGGUGCCGAUUAUGCCUAGAAACAACAGCAGGCUGGGAGCAUGCUGAUAAAAAAGACUGCGACCGAAUAGCUUCCAGAAAAGGAACAUCGGAUCGGUGCUUCCUCCAUCAGUUGGUUGGCGCACAUUCAGCUUUUAAUUUCUAUGUAGAGUAUGUUUGUGUUAUCAUCUUAUCGCAUCGGGUAACAAACUGUUCUAAUGUUCUAGCCGCCGUUGUUUGUUUUUAUGUAAGGGAAUGUGUGAACGAUAUACAUAUUUGCGUGUGGAGAUAAUAUAUUGAGUGUAUUUUU